AAAUGAUUUUGCAAAGGUUCAUCAAGCCGUCAACAAGCAAUUUUUGGAAGCAAUGCAGAAGUUGAAAGCGCUUUUGAAGUUUACUCCUGAUAUUGUAAAAAUGGUAGUCAACAUUUAUGAAUAUAAUGACAAGUCUGUUACGAGUGGCAUUACUAAGACUAAUCAAAAUAUUUUUGAAGCUAGUAAUUUUAAAACUAUGCAAAAUAUUGCGUCGGUUGGUGAUUCGUCGUCUGUAGAACAGAGUUUUGGGUCCAUUUUUAAAAAAUCAUACGUACUGAACUCAAAUUCAAUUUUUAGUGGUUCCCAAACUAAUUCUUUGUUUUCACAACAAAAUCAUGGAAUGCAAGCGCAGAGCAAUAAUUCAAAUUAUUUUGGACAAGCCUCAAGUGUUGAGCCACAAAAACAAUUCUUCGGUGCAUUUGGUCAGCAACAACAACUACAAUACACAAAAUCAAUAUUUGAAGAAUCUCACGGUGCAAAUAAUAUAUUUAAUUCAAAUACUCCAAGCAUCUUUUCUAAUCAAUUUAUACAAAAUUGUGAACAAAAUCAGUCUACUAACACACUUUUUCAAAGUGAAAUGCAGCAGAUAUUACCGCCAUCUAGUGAACCAAUGUUGGUGGUGGAACAACCUCAGGAGCAGUCGUUUCAGUAUUUAACUGAUGCAAUAAUCCCAGCAACUCAAUUAUAUACACCAUUACAAUUGUUAACUAAUGAAGAACUUGAGGCUUUCAAAUCAGAUACAUUUACUCCAGGAAAUGUGCCAACGAAACCACCACCAAAAGAUUUAUGUUAAGUAAAGUAAACGUCGACUAAAAAUAUCCAUGAAUGCUUGCAUAUUAAUUAAGAAUACACCACAUCCCGAGUUUCAUAGGACUUGAGUUAACUUAUGUGAUCAAUUUGAAAAAUCCAGUUGUAAGGACGUAAUAAGAAAGAUUUAGUAUUCAACAAAUACGAAUAUCUUUGACAAGUUAAACAUAGUGGGAUUACGACCACAAUUACAUGUUUCAAAUAAAUCACAAAUCCUG